GGAAGGAUGAGUGAUGAGCUCUGAACGAUUAGAGGAUCGAAGAUGUUGAAGGGGAAGAUCGAUCUGGUUGAAGAGGUAGUUUGAGUUCUUGUGGGAAUAUUGGGUGCAGAAGUUGAGAUAAUAGAGGUGGGACUGUUUGGAAAUUUUCUGUGCUCGGUUGAAGCACUCCGGACGCAUUGUGAAGCGGGACACGUUUAGAAAUAUUGUUGGGGACUUAUCCUUCCUGCUGAUUGUUGGGGGAACGCUCGUGCGACACUGUCGCGCGGACGUCAGUGAAAAUAGGAAACAUCGGGUACCGUUAGCUGGCGUUUCAGCGCGGGGUCCUCGUUUACCUAGAUCUCGAAAGUGAACAGACACGUGUCGAGAGUGCAAUUAGUUGGGAUUUUGAGGAUCGUGAGGCCUGUGCGGCUGUCAAUCGACCGAGGCUGUUCGGGUAUUACGAAAUCGACUGGCGUCCCGGCGAGCACCGCCUGCUAUCGACGAACCAACGACCUUGUGCCUACCGGGAUCGCAUCGAUUGCCGUGUAUUAAUGGUGCGAAUUGUUCAGUGAAGAGUUGAUAAAGGGGCGAGGAAGUCGAGGAGUUCGAGUUCGUCGUGCCUGUGUUAAGGAUAACGUCUGUGCUACUCCGUGGCGAGAUUCUCAACGAAUGAUAUCUACCGAAAUUCGUGCGGCAAUUGUUCUGGUGGUUUGGCUGACCGCAGUCCUGUGCCCGCGGCUUGUUGCCGCCAACAACCUGACAUUAUCUUUCUCCUCUCGUAGGACCAGGGAACAUCCUUUCAGGGGACAUAUCUCUCGCUGGACGCAGACCUUGGACGACACGACCAAGCGGAUGACUUAUCGAGAGAUGAACAUGAUUCUGCGACAGGAAGGAGGCGAGGACGGGCUUCCAGUCGAUUGCUGCCCUACGGUAUUGGAAAUGGUGGAACCGGUCGGCGGUCGAAAUCGGGACGACAUGUACGUCCAGCUCUAUCGGGAUGGCCAGAACGCUCAGAGGUUCUUCGAGUACUCCUGCAGGCCAGACGUCCUCGACAAGCCGUGCAGGUUCAUCGACCGGAAGUUCAGUAACCAGUCCAGAUGUGUGCAAAAGUUCUCGUACACUUACGCUAUCAUUGAGAAUUCUGGAUCGAAGAAGGGUAAUAAAAGAGAGCAUAAUAGGCACCAUAGGGAACGCCUGACCUUCACCGCUAACACGGAGGGUGGAUCGAUGUGGACGUUGGACUACAUCAGGGUACGAAGUGGCUGCAGCUGUGAGGUCAUGCCGAAACCGAAAAAGAAGAAGAAAUGCAAGAAAUGCAAACCGAGGGGGGACCAAGACUUCUUCGACCCGGAGACGUGAGAUCUGUGUUGGGGUUCGAGGAAAUCGGCGCGGUCCUGCCUCGAAACUCGUCACACCACCGAGAGUUCGUUACGUCGAGUGACAAGCACGAUCCCUCUGACUUCGACGAUCCCGAUAUUCGUAAAUGAAAACGCCUCAGAAUAGUCUGGUCAAACAUUAUACCUUUUUGAGACUGAGAAAUUCAAUUGUCAGAUUGUAUAAGGUGAUAAAUAAUUAUUGACAGGAUUCGUUUUCGUUCAUCUGGGAUCUUCAAAUCAAAUGGAUCAAACAUUGAAGCCUUUUUACAUGGAUAAUGCUUGUUUACUUCUAAAGUGCCUUCUUAAAUUACUUGUAACGUUUAUACUAAUAUAUCGUCGAUGCGAUAGAGAUUGUCUUCUAUUGCUGUAUUUAUUAUUAAUUUACUGUUAAGGAUUAGCGAUAGCGUUUUAGAGGGGAGGUUUUGCCAAACUGUAUUCAACCUGUUUAUUUUAUUAAGAUUAACUCUAAGUUGUUGAUGAUCACUGUAGCCGAAUCGAAUUCGAUCGAACGUUCCAGAUAAGCUAUUCCGUAUUUUUAAAUCAUAUAGUUCUAAUUUCAUAUAUUUAUGACAUUAAAAUGAAUCAAAAUUUUAUUCACAUUUAAGUAUUAACUUCGGUAACAAAGUUCAAAGGAAGUUUUUUGGGAAGUGGUAUUACAAAUGAUAUUUUUAAAAAUAAUAAUGACAUUGAAACAACCGAUUUUGAUUCGGUUAUAGUAGAACGGAGUCAGUAGAAUCUCCUUAAGUGAAUGCGGACAGACUGAAGAAUUCGAAACGUUCGAGCGAUAGAACUCCAAAUUUGUUGGGCACAUUUCUCAAUCAUUACUAGACUGCGGACGCUUAUGCAAAUAUAUAUUUUAUGGAUUAUUUUAUAAAAAUAAAAAGAAAAUCAAAGAAUGUUUACUUUCUACCGGAUUUCGCUAAACUAAAAGUGGAAUGCAAACGUUACUACUCUUAAUUCGACAUUUUCAAGUUUAAUUUACUUGUAAUUAAACGGUUUUUUAAGUUAAAGUUUCUUUUACAUCAUGUUGUUUUAUAGCUGUAUGUUCACCAAUGCAUAAUAUUCGCAGUUUAGGAAUCCUUUAGAUAUAUAUUGAAAAUAAAUGAAUAAAAUCCGCAGACGAAUCGUUAGGGUAUAUAAAUGUACUAAAAAUAAUAUACUCGGUAUUAUGUAACAAUAGACAGACGUCUCGACCAAGCUUGUAUUUAACACCUAAGCAAUACUUUCCGUUCUUACACGCGGCCAGUUUUUAUCAUACACUCAUAUCUGUACAUUACAGAGUUGUGCCUAUUUGUUAAUGUACUACGAUAGUAAUAAGAGUAACGUAGGUUUAGUAGCUUAUUAUUAGUUGUAACGUAACGUUUCACAGAUCUGCAUAGGAUUCGUUAUGGUAUCGAUAACGAGGGCCAAACAGACCGCUACUUAAAUUUAUUUAACUAAUUCAACUUCUAUUUAAUACUAAUUAUUAUUUUCGUUGUUUUUUUCCUGAAGCACUGACUAGAAGAAUUAAAGGAUGCAACGCAAAAUGUUGCAUUAUGUAGUAGCCAUGACAAAUAUCGAUAAAUCUGAGUAUUUGGUAAGGUAAUCCGUUGAAAAUUCGAAUAGCGAGUUGUGUAAUCUACUAUAAAAUACGAAUUCAUUGAAAGUGUUGAAUUUACUUUAUAAUUGAGUACAUAAGUACUUUUUUACAAGUUUAAUUUUUAAAUAUAGAUAUAUCAAAACUUACAUUAAUUAAACGCACAAGAUACAAACAAAGAGCUUCUACCAUUUUAACAAACUUUACAAUUUAUUUGUUGUGUUGUACAUAUCAAAAAGGUACAUAAAUGUUGACAUAAAUAUAUAUUUUUAUUCCGUAUGCGUUGUAUUAAUAUAACACGUAAAUUAUAAGUAAUAAUCAUUUCGUUUAUAAUUACAAAUAGUGUUCGAUAACAAUGUACUUACAUAAAUCACAGUUGUCCGAUGUACACAGCCAUAAUUACGAACAAAUAGUUAUUGUGUCAUUUCACCAUUUUAAAGUAUUUAUGAAUGUACUAUAGUAAAUUACAAAGCAUAUUUUAUUAUUAAGGAUCUUUAUAAUAAAUAUAUUUUUUAUUUUACCAUCGUAAUUGUCAUUAAUAUUGCAACAAGCGAUUUCAAUUU